UGUGCAAGUGUUCAAGUGGUGGCCAUCAUUCAAAGGAGGAGGCAGUAGACACCUGCCGAAACGAUAAUUACUCCCAGUGAGGUCUAAAGCACUGUUCAGGGGGUGCUGUGAACUUAUCAUUAAACCCAGCUGUGACCUCACUGAACGUUUCCCUUUGUGUCUCACAACACAAGGGGGUAGUCACAGCCUGCCCUCUAAAGACAACUCUCUUCCUCCACACAAAACUACAAGCACCUAAUAACACACACACCCUUCACUCAAAAAAUUUUAAAAUCAUGGCGACUCCUACACCAGCCUCGGAGUCCCCAUCUGGGGAGGGGACCAUAAAUGUCCCCAGGUCGGACUGCCUUUCCGUCGACGACCCUAAGUGUCUUGACACCCCCCUCAACUUUUUCUUCAUUAACUUCUGCAACAUUCGCGGUCUAAGAUCUAAUUUUCAAUCUGUAGAACACCACCUCUCCUCUUCUAAACCUCAUCUUCUUUUCCUCACUGAAACUCAGGUGUCUGAGGCAACUGACAGUAGCCCCUUUUCUGUUCCCUCCUACUUUCUCUAUCCUCAUUUUCGAUCCAAAGCUGGAUGCUGCGUUUAUGUGCGCAAUGACUUAACCUGCUCUCGUGCCCACGCUCUUGAAUCUUCCGAGUUUUCCACCAUCUGGCUACGACUACAGAGUCAUUCUCAUACUAAAUUUAUCUGUGCUGUAUACCUCUCUCCUAACUCCUCUGACUAUAAGAAAUUCUUUGACUACUUAACUUCCAAAGUGGAGCACAUUCUGACCCUCUUCCCUUUUGCAGAGAUCUCCAUUCUUGGAGACUUCAAUGUUCACCACCAGCUUUGGCUUUCCUCUCCCUUCACUGACCAUCCUGGUGAACUAGCCUACAACUUUGCUAUCCUCCAUGACCUAGAGCAAUUGGUGCAACACCCUACUCGUAUUCCUGACCGUCUUGGAGAUACGCCCAACAUUCUUGACCUUUUCCUGACCUCUAAUCCUUCUGCUUAUGCUGUCACCCUUUCUUCUCCGUUGGGCUCCUCCGAUCACAAUCUCAUAUCUUUAUCUUGUCCUAUCACUCCAAUCCCUCCUCAGGAUCCCCCUAAGCGAAGGUGCCUCUGGCGUUUUGCCUCUGCUAGUUGGGGGGACCUGAGGAGGUAUUUUGCUGAUUUUCCUUGGAAUGACUACUGCUUCCGUGUCAGAGACCCGUCUUUGUGUGCUGAGCGCAUAACAGAGGUGAUAGUGUCUGGCAUGGAGGCGUACAUUCCUCACUCUUUUUCUCGUCCUAAACCUUCUAAACCUUGGUUUAACACAGCUUGUUCUCGUGCUAUACAUGAUAAAGAGGUGGCCCACAAAAGGUACUUAAGCCUUCCUUCACCAGAAUCUCAUGCACUUUAUAUUUCUGCCCGGAACCAUGCCAAGUCUGUUCUCCAACUAGCCAAAAACUCCUUCAUUAACAGAAAAUGUCAAAACCUUUCAAGAUCUAACUCCCCUCGUGAUUUCUGGCAUCUAGCCAAAAAUAUCUCCAAUAACUUUGCUUCUUCUUCUUUCCCUCCUCUACUUCAACCAGAUGGCACCACUGCUAUCACAUCUAUUUCUAAAGCUGAACUCUUUGCUCAAACCUUUGCUAAAAACUCUACCUUGGACGAUUCUGGGCUUGUUCCUCCCUCUCCUCCAGCCUCUGACUACUUCAUGCCACGUAUUGAAAUUCUUCGUAAUGAUGUUUUCCAUGCCCUCGCUGGCCUAAACCCUCGGAAGGCUUAUGGACCUGAUGGGGUCCCUCCUAUUGUUCUCCGAAACUGUGCCUCCGUGCUUGCACCUUGCCUAGUCAAACUCUUUCAGCUCUGUCUGUCAACAUCUACCUUUCCUUCUUGCUGGAAGUUUGCCUACAUUCAACCUGUUCCUAAAAAGGGUGACCGCUCUAAUCCCUCAAACUACCGUCCUAUUGCUUUAAUUUCCUGCUUAUCUAAAGUUUUUUAAUCUAUCCUCAACAGGAAGAUUCUUAAACAUCUAUCACUUCACAACCUUCUAUCUGAUCGCCAGUAUGGGUUCCGUCAAGGCCGCUCUACUGGUGAUCUUCUGGCUUUCCUCACUGAGUCUUGGUCAUCCUCUUUUAGAGACUUUGGUGAAACUUUUGCUGUUGCCUUGGACAUAUCAAAAGCCUUUGAUAGAGUCUGGCACAAUGCUCUGAUUUCCAAACUACCCUCCUACGGUUUCUAUCCUUCUCUCUGUAACUUCAUCUCAAGUUUCUUUUCUGACCGUUCUAUUGCUGCUGUGGUAGACGGUUACUGUUCUUCUCCUAAAUCUAUUAACAGUGGUGUUCCUCAGGGUUCUGUCCUGUCACCCACUCUCUUUUUAUUAUUCAUUAAUGAUCUUCUAAACCAAAUUUCUUGUCCUAUCCACUCCUAUGCUGAUGAUACCACCCUGCACUUUUCCACGUCUUUUCAUAGACGUCCAACCCUUCAGGAGGUAAACAUAUCACGCAGGGAAGCCACAGAACGCCUGACUUCUGAUCUUUCUAAAAUUUCUGAUUGGGGCAGAGCAAACUUGGUAUUGUUCAAUGCCUCAAAAACUCAAUUCCUCCAUCUAUCAACUCGACACAAUCUUCCAGACAACUAUCCCCUCUUCUUCAAUGACACUCAACUGUCCCCCUCUUCUACACUGAACAUCCUCGGUCUGUCCUUUACUUAUAAUCUGAACUGGAAACUUCACAUCUCAUCUCUAGCUAAAACAGCUUCUAUGAAGUUAGGUGUUCUGAGACGUCUCCGCCAGUUUUUCUCACCCCCCCAGCUGCUAACUCUGUACAAGGGCCUUAUCCGUCCAUGUAUGGAGUAUGCUUCACAUGUCUGGGGGGGUUCCACUCAUACUGCUGUUCUAGACAGGGUGGAAUCAAAAGCUUUUCGUCUCAUCAACUCCUCUCCUCUAACUGACUGUCUUCAGCCCCUCUCUCACCGCCGCAAUGUUGCAUAUCUAGCUGUCUUCUACCGCUAUUUUCAUGCCAACUGCUCUUCUGAUCUUGCUAACUGCAUGCCUCCCCUCCUCCCGCGGCCUCGCUGCACAAGACUUUCUUCUUUCUCUCACUCCUUUUCUGUCCACCUCUCUAACGCAAGAGUUAACCAGUAUUCUCAAUCAUUCAUCCCUUUCUCUGGUAAACUCUGGAACUCCUUGCCUGCUUCUGUAUUUCCACCUUCCUAUGACUUGAAUUCCUUCAAGAGGGAGGUUUCAAGACACUUAUCCACCAAUUUUUGACCACUGCUUUGACCCUUUUAAGGGACUGGCAUUUCAGUGGGCAUUUUUUUUUUAUUAGAUUUUUGUUGCCCUUGGCCAGUAUCCUUCCUACAUAAAAAAAAAAAAAAAAAUAUCUAUAAGUGCAUAAGGGUUUUGCCAUCUUACUAAUAUCUUACUUGAUCUUAAUACUUAGUGCUGUGAUAACUUUACAAUGAAAACUGUAACUUAAUGCUCAUCUAGAACAUUUCACAUUCCUUAGUUCACUGUUAUAUUAUCAAAGCUUUGGCCUUCUCUCUGUAAUGUGUUGUUAUACUGGUACAGUGCCUGUGUCCCUCUUACUUGAUCUUAGUACUUAUUAAUGCCAUGAUAACUAUGCACACUGUAUAACCUUAAUGUUCACCUCCCAUUCAAGCAUCCAAAACUGUACAUAUUCCUUAGUUCACUGGCAUAUUGCUAAUGCUUUGGUCUUCUUCAGUAGUGUGUGCUGUACUGAUGCCUCUGUCCCUCUCCAGGCCCACCACCAAUGCCAUCAUGGCGCUGCCCUUUGCCAAGUAUGUGAUUCAACCGUUCUUCCCCAACUGUGACCUGCCAGACGAUGCUGUGCGGCUCAUUUGGCUCACUGUCCAUAUGCUUCCUGACAGCACUGAAUUGCUGGAAUGUA